UUAGUAAUAUACGGUGGAGAGAUCCUCUUUUUCAAAUCCCAAGGCUCCAGGCCAUGCAAUGCUAGUAUUGCAUUUUCAAUUAGCUUCUGAGUGAACGCUUGGCAUAUGUGGAAGUGAGCCGGUACACAAUUAGCUUAUUGUUCCUUUCAGCUUUCUGCUGAGAGGAUCUGAAGGGCUGCUGAAGAGAGGGGAUAGGGGAAAAAAAAAAAGAAAAUAGCCAAGGCAGUGGCAUCUCUGUGGAUGUGGAAUACGGGAGUCGCUCGGCUGGCGCAGAUUCCCGGGCUAAGUCGGGAGUUACAGCUGUUCCUGCGGAGCUCCGCCUGGCCCUGGGGACGGCACCGGGGCGCAGGCACAGACCCAGUCUCAAGCUCCAGGCUCUCCUCUCGUCUGUCUCACCUCGGCAUCACCAUGGAGCCAAACAGCCCCAAAAAAAUACAGUUUGCUGUGCCCCUGUUUCAGAGCCAAAUAGAUCCUGAGGCAGCUGAGCAGAUCAGGAAAAGAAGGCCUACGCCAGCAUCACUCGUCAUCAUGAAUGAACACAUGCCCCCAGAAAAAGAUGAGAAGAGAACAAACAUCUCACAGGCAGAGUCUCAGAGUGCCUCUCCCAAGCAGAGGAAGCAGAGCGUCUUCACCCCACCUGCCCUCAAAGGGAUUAAGCAUCUGAAGAGUCAGAGCGAGUCAGUGUUUCCAGAAGAAGAAGAGGCACUUGGAGAGCGGGAAGAGGAGUGGGGCCACUAGCCAGCGCGGAGCUGCCCGAGCCCGUCCCGGAGCCCCUGCCCUGCCCUGCCCGCGGCCCCACCAGGGCCCCGGGGGGCUUUGCAGGCACUGCACACGUGUCCUGUGAGCCUUCUUCCCGGAGACAAAACUGUUAUUUUAAAGUCAUUUUUUCUUUUAUUUUCUAUGACUUAGAAAUGUAAUUCGCAAAUGUGUUAGCUCCCUGACGUCAGUACUGCCAGAGCUUAACUACUGCGUGUGAGCUGUAUCUAAGGCUUGUUGUAAAUAAAAGUGAUUUAAAAGGUACAAAAUAAAUAAUACAUUAAUUUAGACAACA